AUGAGUGAUGUGAGCUGUCAGCUGACCGUGACCCAUCCUCCUCAUCCCCAGGUGAACCUCACGUCCCCGGUGGUGCAGGUGGUGCAGAAGGCGCAGGUGGUGCGGUCGCUGGUGCAGAAGGUGCAGCUGGUGUCGUCGCUGGCCCGGCAGCUGGCAGAGGUGUCGUCGCAGCAGCAGGUGCAGCAGUGCCCCUACUGCAGCUACACCAGCAGCAGCAGCAGCGCCCUCAAGAAACACACGGCGUCCCAUGCUGAGAGCAGCACGCCCCUCUACAGAUGCGCGCUCUGCAGCUUCAUGACGCUCUACAAGUACCAGCUGAAGACCCACACCGACCGCCACGGCGUGGGACUUGGCAAGCUCUUGUGCCGCUACUGCGGCUACUCAACGCCCUCAGGGCAGGAGCUGGAGGACCACAUGGCCACACACGAGGCCCGUGUGGUGCUGGUGUGUGGGUAUUGCGGCUACAGGUCCUCACACCGGGCGAGCUUCAACAAACAUGUCCGGAAACACGGCCGCCCGUGUCCCGUGUGUCGCUACAUCUCCUUCGACAAGGCGGACAUGGAGCGACAUUGUGAGAUGCAUCUGGGGGAUGCCACAUCCGCUGCUGCCUCAGCCACGUCCGACCCUGUCUCUGCCACGUCCUACCCUGCCUCUGCCACAUCCUACCCUGUCUCUGCCACAUCCGACCCUGCCUCUGCCACAUCCGCUGCUGCCUCUGCCACAUCCGACCCUGUCUCUGCCACAGCCUCAGCUACGCCAGGCUUAAGCUCAUCCACGUCGAAUGGUACCACGACCUCAGCCACAGCAACACCUGGUGCUGAAGUCUCCUCCGCUAUGGGGCGCCGCCCUUCAUCCCCAUGCGUCAAGCACUCGUCUCCUCAUGGCGAUGUAGGAGCGAUAGAGUUCGUGUGUUGCGGGGACAUCAAACCUGACGUGCCCGAUGUUCUCCCCGACACGGCGGGUAGCCCUGAUACCUGCAGCCAGAAGUCCUGCUGUUCCAACACCGCAGACUUUAGGAGAAGUGUGGAUACAAAUGUGGCAGCCAUGACAACUCGCAGUGGCAACAAGAGGCUUCCUGCCACCAGACAAGACUGUACUGGAGGCAACGAGAGGCCUCCUGCCCUCAUACAAGCCUCUACUGGAGGCAACAAGAGGCCUAUAGCAGCGAGUAGAGGCAGUGACGGCAGUUUCAAGCGCCGCCCUGGCAACAGGUGACGCUGGUUGCGUCUAGGGUAGAAUCAGCUUCUGAUUAGGCGCUGAUUUGAGAGCUAUUUAACCCUUACGAUCGUGUUCCAUAACUGAAAUUUGACGGAAACUUUAGGACGUUUCCAAUCUAGAUCCCAUGGAAACAAACUAACUGGGCAUUCUUCAGAAAUUCCUUCUGGUCCGAAAUUCUUCAUACGUACACUUACAGCUUGAACGGCUCCAAAUGAGUAAAUGAAACUGUUGUUCUCCCAAACUCUCGCGCCGCCAUGUUUACUGUACAACGUCAACGUACGACUUGGUUGGCAGUGGUGUGAGCGAGGCGACCAGUCAGAGCGCUGCCAUACCAUGAUCGACCGGAUCUAUUUCAAAGCGACAUGUUUUUGCUGGCACAACAAUCUAUGCAAACUAUUUAUAUCAUCAAAACCCAAGAACCUAGGUUUAUAAUUUCAGAAAAAAAAAACUUCAAGAGUUUGCGAGUCCCGUCAGGCAAUCCCUGACGGCUUUUCAAGCAAAACGCACCAAUCACAGACAUAAAAUCAGCCGCUACGUGUACUUUAUUGAGUUCCGCAAGUAUGAAAUGUGAAUAUUAUCCUGGGAACAAGGCCUGUGAAAUGUGCCAUUGAUUAUAUACGUGUUGGUUUUGAGUGUGAUGUUUUAUAUUAAGGUAACGUUACGUUGAAAGGAAUUAUGAAUUUAAUUUGGUGUGGCAAUGAGACCGUGUGUUUGUUCCUGCAAUAAUAAGUUGAUGCACUUCCAUGCAAUACGAGCAAACGUACGACGUUCCUUCGUGCAAUUCCGACGGAAUUUGUGUGUAAUAUUACUAUAUUCCUUUGUAAUUUAUUAUAUUCAUUGGUAAUUUAUUAUAUUCCUUUG